UCCGUCUUUCUAUUAAAUUGUGGUUAUGGAUUUUUGCUGUAUUUGUACAUAAUGUGCAAUCGCUUAUCCUCAUUCGUGUGUGACAAGUGAGAAUUUAUUAUCUCCUGCUUUUUUUUUCUGUGAUUUUUUUCCGUGUUCAGUUUGCUAUAUGGAUCUCAGGAGAGAAUUAAAUGUAUUCUUAUUGUUUAGAAGGUUUUGUUCCUCACGGAAUCAAAGUUACGGAACCAAUCGUACAAUCGUGUCUGACUCCAACCACAAUUUAUCGAUUGUUUUGUUUAAGUUAGUUAUUUGAGUGUUUAUAUGUUUAGAAAUUGAAAUUGAAGGUGUUUGAGAUUUUUCUGAAACUGUAUGGUUGAACUAUGAGUUUAGCAAUUUUGGUGUUAUAAGAUAGAAUCUCUUGGGAAAUUGGAAUAGCACUUAUUGCUUGGCUGUGCAAUAAUUUUUGCAGAUUCGUUUGUUUCAAUUCUGAAGAACAGACUCUAGUUUUUGCUUUUUUUGUUUUUGUUUUUUUGGUCGUUGUUUUCAAGACAAGCAUUUGUCCUUCCAUUUUGUGUAUGCUUAUUUUACUUUUCAUUUUGUUUGGUUCUUUUAAUUUUUAACCUCAUUGAUAAGUUCUUUUAAAGUUUCAAUUGCUUGUAGUUGUGGCGUCUGUUUAAUUGCUUAAUGUUUCCCAAAUUUAUACUACAAUCGUCUGUUGUGGUCUACUAGUUUUUGUUUUUUUUUAAGGAAGUAGUGUGUUUGCAUCUGCUCUUUAGAAUUAAAUUUGUUUCCUUCUAUACUCUUAUGAGUUCUCUUAGGUUCUUGACAAAUUUUGUUUGCUUCUCUUUUUACAUGACAUGAACGUAUAUCUCUUCAGGCUUAUGUAAUGAUAGACAUCUAAUUUGUUUUAUUUUCCUGACUUCUCUUCUCUGGUCAAAAGGACAAAGAGUUUCAAGGGUCAAAUUCUUGUUGGUAAUUUGGAUGGAGCACUUUCUUGUGCAGAGAGAACAAAAUCUCUUGAUGCCAUUUCUGAAAUAGACCAUAUAUCUAUCUCGACAAACGGUGAAGCUGGUCAUUCCUCUGAAGUUGCUGGCUUUAGAGUAGGGGAACUUUUACUUCCUAAUGGAGAAUCAUAUUCUGGGUCCCUUCUUGGAAACAUUCCAGAGGGUCAGGGUAAGUAUGUAUGGUCAAAUGGUAGUGUAUAUGAGGGAGAGUGGAGACGGGGGAUGAGAAAUGGAAUUGGGAAAAUACAAUGGCCUUCUGGAGUAGCGUACGAGGGUGAGUUCUCAGGUGGCUAUAUUCAUGGUACAGGAACAUAUAUUGUCCCUAAUAAUCUCACCUACAAAGGUCGGUGGCGAUUGAAUCUUAAACAUGGGUUGGGUUACCAAGUUUAUCCGAAUGGAGAUAUCUUUGAAGGCUCUUGGAUCCAAGGAACACCAGAGGGGCCAGGCAAGUAUACCUGGGCCAAUGGAAAUGUAUAUUUGGGAAAUAUGAAAGGUGGGAGAAUGUCAGGAAAAGGAACUCUCACCUGGGUGAAUGGAGACUCAUUCGAAGGAAGCUGGUUAAAUGGUAUGAUGCAUGGGCUUGGGGUAUAUACAUGGAGUGAUGGUGGCUGCUAUGUUGGGACUUGGACCCGUGGUCUGAAAGAUGGCAAAGGAACUUUCUAUCCAAAAGAUAGCUACCUUUCAUCUGCACAAGAAAUAUAUCUCAAUGCAUUGAGGAAAAGAGGGCUGUUGCCAGAUUUGAGAAAACAGAAUCCAGUGCAUAUUCAUCAUGCUGCUUCAGUUGAUAUGGGAAAUGUCAAGGUUGGUGAGAGCCAGCGAUCAAGUCGUGUUUCAUCUGAUAAGCUAGCCAAAGGGAACCUGUUAAAUCUGGAACAGUCGCGCGGUGUGAAUAUUUCUCUUGAAAGGCGCUGGAGUCUUGAGGCAUCUAUUGAGAAAGUGAUUGGGCAUGAUUCAAAAUUAGGUUCAACAGAUUCAAUACUAGGAAAUGGGGAUAAAGAGGUUAAUGCAAAGGUCCCCAUCUUGGAACGGGAGUAUAUGCAAGGUGUGUUAAUAAGUGAGUUAGUGUUAAAUAAUAGUUUUUCAUCAAUGUCUAGAAGGGCUAAACAGCUUCAAAAGAAACUUGCCAAAGAGAUUAAAAGACCUGGUGAAGCAAUCAUUAAAGGUCACAGGAGCUAUGAUCUGAUGCUUAGUUUGCAGCUUGGAAUAAGGUAUACUGUGGGAAAGAUUACCCCAAUACAAAGACGAGAAGUUAGAGCAUCAGAUUUUGGUCCCAGAGCAAGCUUUUGGAUGAAUUUUCCUAAAGAAGGUUCUCAAUUGACACCUCCUCAUCAGUCAGAGGAUUUUAAAUGGAAAGAUUACUGCCCGAUGGUGUUCAGAAAUUUGAGAGAGUUGUUCAAGAUUGAUGCUGCUGACUAUAUGAUGUCCAUUUGUGGAAAUGAUGCACUGAGGGAACUAUCUUCUCCUGGGAAAAGUGGUAGCGUCUUUUUCCUGUCUCAGGAUGAUCGAUUCAUGAUUAAGACACUACGGAGAUCUGAAGUAAAGGUUCUUCUAAGAAUGCUUCCAGACUAUCAUCAUCAUGUGAAGUCAUAUGAUAAUACACUCAUCACAAAAUUUUUUGGUCUGCACAGGAUUAUACCUUCAAGUGGUCAAAAGUUCCGUUUUGUUGUAAUGGGAAAUAUGUUCUGCACAGAAUUAAGGAUCCAUAAGAGAUACGAUUUAAAAGGUUCAUCUCUUGGACGCUCUUCAGACAAGAUAGAAAUUGAUGAGAAUACCACUCUUAAAGAUUUGGAUCUGAAUUACUGCUUUUACUUGGAACCAUCUUGGCGGGAGUCUUUAUUAAAGCAGAUAGAGAUUGACAGCAAAUUCUUGGAAUUACAGCACAUAAUGGAUUACAGCCUCCUCCUAGGUGUUCAUUAUCGAGCUCCCCGGCAGUUGCGUCCUCUCACAUCAUACAACCAAAGUAUAAGUGCAGAUGGAUUGGCAAUGCUUGCUGAGGAAGACCCUCUCGAGGAUGAAGUAUCCAACUAUCCGCAAGGCCUUGUUCUGGUCCCUCGUGGUGCAGAUGAUAAUAGUGUUGUUGUAGGGUCACAUAUAAGGGGUAGCAGAUUGCGAGCUUCAGCUGCUGGUGAUGAGGAGGUGGAUCUACUUCUACCUGGUACAGCCAGACUACAAAUCCAGCUAGGCGUGAACAUGCCAGCUAGGGCAGAGCAGAUUCCAGGAAAAGAGGAAGUGCAAAUGUUCCAUGAGGCUUACGAUGUCGUACUUUACUUGGGUAUAAUUGACAUAUUGCAAGAGUACAACAUGACUAAGAAGAUUGAACAUGCAUAUAAAUCUAUCCAGUUUGAUUCAUUAUCUAUCUCGGCGGUGGACCCUACAUUCUACUCACGUCGCUUCCUGGAUUUUAUUCAGAAAGUGUUCCCACCGAAUGAAAUGGCAGGAUAAAGCUUGGGGGUUAAAUUCAACCACUUAGUUUUUUCAGAAAUUGUGUACAUUUUCACAUUCUCUCCUUUUGUUCAUGCUCUAUAAUUGACUUGAAUAUUUUUAGUUUUAAUAAAUAUAUGAAAUUCAAAUUCUGGUCAUUUUUCAAUUUAAAAUUGAUCAUUUUAGUCUCCUUGGC